AGUCAGUCGCUCGUUUGUCCGGUUGAGGCACUGGUGAUUCGACCGCGGUGAAAUUGCUGUUUAACGAUUCAUUGACUCUAAAGAGUUCCAAUCAACUAUUUCCGAAUUGUUUAAUUGCCUCUGAAUAAUUCAAUUUCGUUGCUUUUCGAUUAUUUUGAGUUUUGUUGGUUAAUUUAUUUGGUGACUUUUUGUGAUUAUGUUCAGUGACACUUGUUAGUAACAAGAGAAACACUUCGAAAAUAUUUUGCUUUGAAUUUUAGUGUGGGAGCUUCUGAAAGGACGUCGCCAUCAUUCUACCGGCACAGCAGUUGGGGGCGGCGGUGGCACCAUGGCCUACCGCCCUAACCGCCAUGGACGAUAUGGCCCAUAAAGGUAAAGGUCAUAGCGGUGUGAACCAGCUAGGAGGGGUGUUUGUCAGCGGGCGCCCCCUGCCAGACUCCACGAGGCAGAAGAUUGUUGAGUUGGCGCAUUCAGGAGCUAGACCCUGCGACAUCUCCAGAAUUCUGCAGGUUUCCAACGGCUGUGUCUCCAAGAUUCUUGGCAGGUACUACGAGACAGGUUCUAUUAGACCACGUGCAAUAGGAGGUUCUAAGCCUCGAGUAGCCACUGCCGAAGUGGUGAGCAAAAUCUCCAGCUACAAGAGGGAGUGUCCUUCAAUAUUCGCUUGGGAAAUCAGGGAUCGGUUGCUGCAGGAAGGCGUUUGUACCAACGAUAACAUACCAAGUGUUUCCUCCAUCAACAGGGUACUGAGAAAUUUAGCCGCUCAGAAAGAACAGGCUGGCAAUUCACCAACACCAACGUCGAACGAGAGUGUGUACGACAAGCUGAGGCUGCUCAAUGGAAACCAAGCAAGUUGGAGACCUUCUCCAUGGUACUCGCCAACGAAUAGCACCUUUCCUUUGCAACCCAUGAGCCCUCCGCCUUCAAUAUUAUCCGACGAUCUGAAUUCCAAGAAGAUGACGGACCUGGACGGUCUUCAUUCAGACGAGACAAAUUCAGGAGACAACUCGAACGCCGGCUCCAGCAUCGGUCCUGACGACGAUCAGGCCAGGCUACGGCUCAAGAGAAAAUUACAAAGGAACCGGACAUCUUUCACCAAUGAUCAGAUCGACAGUCUAGAAAAAGAAUUCGAGAGAACGCACUACCCUGACGUGUUUGCCCGUGAGAGGUUAGCUGCUAAAAUUGGACUUCCAGAAGCCAGGAUCCAAGUGUGGUUCUCGAACAGACGGGCCAAAUGGCGAAGAGAAGAGAAAUUGAGGAACCAAAGGAGAGGUUCUUCCAUACCAGAACAUCCUGGACCCACACCGUCUCCUACAAGACUUCAGACCUUCAACAACACCUCGAUGUAUUCUUCUAUACCGCCACCAAUGUCCAUAGCUGAUACGUAUAGUUCAAUGCCGACGAUGCCUAAUUUCUCUCAUGGAGGAAUUGGAACUGGAAGCAUGGGACCCUCUCAUGGAUCUUGUCUGCAACAGAGGGAGUCUCCUGGUGUUGGAAGCGCAAUGGGAGGUUACUGUAUGGGAAGACCACAUAGUUACGACAUCGGUUUGGGUUAUGGAGGAAGACCAUCGCCCUGUAGUCCUUCACAGCCCUAUCAAAUGAAUGGCCAUCAGUAUACCUCUAAUGGGACAUCCUCUACAGGUUUGAUUUCACCAGGAGUCUCAGUCCCAAUUGCAGUACCAGGACAAACGGAUAUGGCUUCUCAAUAUUGGCCACGUAUACAGUGACCUUGGUGGUCGUAAU